GAGGGAAAGAGGGAGAGCUAGAGAGAGUGCGUGAGAGAGAGGAGAGAGGGAGCGAGAGAGGUGAAGAGAGAGAUCAGGAGAAAUUGAAUACAUGUAGAACACAUAUAUUUAUACAGAUAUAUAUUUUCACAGCGUGCGUGUCUGUGUGCGUGUGCGCGCGCGUGUGUGGCGGCGGCGGUGUUUGUGGCGAGGGACACCCGCAAAACGGAUACCUCAAAAAGCAAGGAUGUGAAAAAGGAUGGAGGGACGCAGGAAGAGAGGGGGGAAAGGCUGGUGAAAUUCAGCACCCUCCCUAAGUGCAUUACAUAUCCGCCUCCCCCCCUCGGCAGGUUGCCAUGGUCGCCAUACCUACUCUCUCUCUCCUAUUGGUCCUGGCAGAGUGGGCAGGUCUGGUGGACGCAUCCCCCCACCUCCUGCUCCGGCCAAGCCCACGGGAACGUGAUGCAGGGGCCAUGAUGAACUUCAACAUUGCCGUGAUCCACGCCGGUGCCACAGUGCAGGCGGAAGCGGCGGUUGCAGGGCCUGGGGGAAGGGUGCUCUACCCUGGCUUCGGACGGGUCUACGGCUCCCUCGGGGAGAGCGUGGUCACCCAGUGGGGCUCUGCCAACGUCAUCUGGCUUCAGGUGAAUGACAGCAGCCCUAAAACGGUGCUGUCCCAGCUGUGUGAUCUGUUAGCGGCGAGGCCCCUGCAGGGUCUGGUCUAUGAAGAGGAGAGGCCCCCUCCUACAGCUUGGGGUCCCUUGGCCCCUAUGCUGGAGUUUGUGUCUGCACAAACAGGACUGCCUAUAGUGGCUGUAGGCGGGGGAGCAGGACUGGGGAGGAUGCCACAGGAAUCAGGUUCCAUCUUUCUCCAGUUCAGUUCCUCCACUGCGCUACAGUUAGAGGUCAUCUUCGAGGUACUGGAGGAGUACGACUGGACCGCCUUUUCUGUGGUGUCCACUCGCCACCAUGGUUACCAGGACUUCUUGUCCGUGGUGGAGGGCCUUACGGAUGGCUCGUUCAUCGGCUGGGAGAAGAAGAGUGUUGUGAUCCUGAACGUGACCGAUGACCCAGGGGGGGCACGCACUCGCAGGCUGCUGAAGGAGAACGAGGCGCAGGUGCGUCUACUGUACUGCUCUCAGGAGGAGGCCGAGCUGGUCUUCCGUGCUGCCUGGGCCGCUGGUCAGGCUGGGGCCUCUCAUAUGUGGUUCGCAGUAGGCUCUGCACUCUCAGGUUUGGGCAUGGAGAGCCUGCCUCGGGCAUUAUUCGCAGUACGGCCCCAGGGCUGGAGGGACGAGCCUCGCCGAAGGAUCGCUCGGGGUGUGUCUGUGCUCACUCAUGGGGCAGUGGCAAUGCGGAAGGAAUAUGGAAGCACCGGCGGGCCAAACUUUGUCACUACUUGCAUGACAGAUGCAAAUCAGACACAGAGACUGCGAAGCAGGAUGAGGUAUUUCAGCAACAUAACACUGGGUGGUCGAGACUACUCCUUCAAUAGUGACGGUUACCUGGCCAACCCAUUCCUGGACGUCAUCUCGUGGACACCUGGCAGAGGAUGGGAAGAUGUAGGCUGGUGGGAGAAUGGUGUGCUGAGGCUUCGUUACCCAGCAUGGUCCCGCUAUGGGCCCUUCCUGAAGCCACCUGACGAUGCCCAGCACCUACGCGUCGUAACACUGGAGGAAAGGCCAUUUGUCAUUGUGGAGCUUGCAGAUGCUGCUUCAGGAACUUGCAUCCGAGACUCUGUUCCCUGCAGACGACCCCUCAAUGCCAGUGCUAUUCAUGAGGGUUUGGCUCCUCUAAAGCAGUGCUGCAAAGGUUUCUGCAUUGACAUCCUAAAGCGCCUAGCUAAGAUUGUUGGUUUUACCUAUGACCUCUACUUGGUGACCAAUGGGAAGCAUGGGAAGAAAAUCGAUGGCGUUUGGAAUGGCAUGAUUGGAGAGGUGGUGUACAAGCGGGCGGACAUGGCCAUCGGCUCACUGACUAUCAAUGAAGAGAGGUCCGAGGUUGUGGAUUUCUCUGUUCCCUUUGUGGAAACAGGGAUCAGUGUCAUGGUCUCCCGUAGCAAUGGAACUGUUUCACCAUCAGCUUUCUUAGAGCCUUACAGUCCAGCAGUGUGGGUGAUGAUGUUCGUCAUGUGCCUCACUGUCGUGGCAGUGACUGUCUUUAUUUUUGAAUUUUUCAGCCCUGUGGGCUAUAAUCGCAGUCUGCAGACAGGAAAAAAGGCUGGAGGGUCCACUUUCACCAUUGGAAAAUCUGUAUGGCUUUUAUGGGCCAUUGUUUUUAACAACUCUGUACCAGUGGAAAACCCAAGAGGAACCACAAGCAAGAUCAUGGUGCUGAUUUGGGCCUUCUUUGCGGUCAUUUUUCUGGCCUCCUACACUGCUAACCUGGCUGCCUUCAUGAUCCAGGAGGAGUACAUCGACACAGUUUCAGGUCUCUCGGACAAGAAGUUUCAGCAUCCAGAGGAGCAGUACCCACCUCUGAAGUUUGGCACAGUGCCCAACGGGAGCACAGAGAAAAACAUUCGCUCAAACUAUCCAGACAUGCACCAGUACAUGGGAAAAUACAACCAGAGGGGGGUGGAGGACGCCAUCCUGAACCUAAAGACAGGGAAGCUGGAUGCUUUUAUUUAUGAUGCUGCAGUGUUAAAUUAUAUGGCCAGGAAGGACGAAGGAUGUAAGGUGAUGACCAUAGGCUCGGGGAAGGUUUUUGCCACCACAGGCUACGGUAUCGCCCUGCACAAAAACUCACGUUGGAAACGUCCUCUUGAUCUGGCCCUGCUGCAGCUAGUUGGAGAUGAUGAGAUUGAAAUGCUGGAGCGCCUCUGGCUAUCAGGUAUCUGCCACAAUGACAAAAUUGAGGUGAUGAGCAGUAAACUGGACAUUGACAACAUGGCUGGGGUCUUCUACAUGUUGCUGGUGGCUAUGGGCCUCAGUUUGCUGGUGUUUGCCUGGGAACAUUUAGUCUAUUGGAAACUCCGCCACUGCAUGGCAACUAGUUCCGGCAAAUUGGACUUUCUCUUAGCAAUAAGCAGGGGCAUGUACAGCUGCUGCAGCUUUGAGGAUGAAACAGCACCAGGUGGCUCUAAAUCUUUGCCUUCACACCACCACACAGCAAUAGUUACUGUUCCAUCACAGCCACAUGUGGUCUCAACUACUGUGACCAACCCAGCAAUUGCAAUGGCGCAACAGCAGCAACAACCACAACAGCAGCAACCACCACCUGUCUUCAAAACACCUCUACCAGGCUCUCCUCCCACUGUGGUGCAUUCUGGGUCAACCCUGGGUUCUUCUAACCCCCCAAUUGCUGGUGCCCCCCUCCCUUGCUCCACUUUCCUGCCCAGGCCAGAUCGCAGGUUAGCAGUAGUGGAUCGGUGGAGGUUGCCUAAAACUGCUACAGCCACCAAUCCGAUGGCUGUAAGAGGGGGCAUCACUGACAUGGGGCCGUUUGCUCAGAAAGUUCCACAAAACUGGACUACAACUGCUGGAGGGAGUGGGGGACUCGAUGGCUAUAAGAGAUAUUAUGGUCCCAUUGACCCUGAGGGACUGGGGUCCUGUAUUGAUCAGCAAGCAGGGUCCCAGACCCCCAAGACUAUGCCAAGGGGCCACCCCCAACCCCCUCCAGCAAGUGUGGCCUUCUAUUCAGAGAAGAGCAUGGACCACGGGGUGGUGAAGAAGGUGGUGGGAGGUGGCGGUGGAAGUCAGGGGAAAGGGCCUGUUAAACCUGUGGGCACCCCAAGGCUGCCUCCUAAGAGUCAGGCCCCUCUGCCUCCUACACCUCCACUGCCACAUCCCUCGCCCCCUCUUCCUUCAUCCUUUUGGAGAAAGCGGAGGCCUAAGAAGCCUAAAGAGCCUGGAGGACCACUGUAUGAGAACAUUUUGCCUCUGAGGCGAAGGGGAGGAGCAAGAGAUGGAAUGAGGGAAGCAGGAGUGAGAAGGACCCGCCCACUUUCUCCUCCACUCUCACUCCCCAUACCAGUUCCACUCAGCCCCUCCUAUACUCCUCCUUCUCCUUCUGCAUCUUUGCACUGUACGUCCUCGUCCUCUACAUCAACCACCUCAACAACGUCAACGUCUUCAUCUGCCUCAUCGUCUCGCUCCACCUCUCCUACCUACUCUUACAGCUCUUCUAGGAGCACACGAGACAGGACUGGCGGAAUAGAAGGAGAGGACGAUGAUGAUGAUGAAGAUCUGACAGAAGAGUCAAGUCUUCUCCUUGGGAGAGGAAGAGAAAGGGAGCGCUCAAUCAUUCGCCCACGUUCCCUAAGCCAUGGCCGUUUGCCACCACCAAUACCCCCAAGGAAACCACGCACAUCAUGGGGUGACAGAGAAAGAGAACGGGAAAGAGAAAGAGGGGGUAGCCAACUGUCUCAACUCCAAGAGUGGUGGGCAAGCUGGAGUGAAAGGGAGAGAAGUGGAGCAGGUGGGGAAACUGAAAGGCAGAAAAGGGAAAAGAAGAGGAGGAAAGAAAAGGAGAAGGAAAAGAAGAAAAAGAAAAAGAACAAAAAGAGGAAAAAGAGAGAGGAGAGGGAAAGAGAAAGGGAGAGAGAGAGGAAGCGAAGGAAGGUAAAAAAGAAGAAGAAAAAGGCAUUAAAAACAAAGAAAAGGAAAAAGUCUAUUGGUGGAAAGCGGUCUGAACCUGAAGAAGGAGAUGUUGAACAAGAGAGGGAGGGAGAAGCUGGGAGAGAAAGAGAUGAAGGAAUACAAGACUAUUCUUCUUUUUCUGCCCAAUAUGGGAGCACGUUUGGAGAAAAAGGAAGAGAUUCAUGGGAAGGUGAGAGAGAAAGAGGCAGAGGGGAAGAUGGCAAUGACAGAGAUGAAGAUGACAGUGGAAGAAGCAGGGAAAGGCAUUCCAAAUCCUCGCAUGCUCAUUCUAGACGGCGAAUUCCUAAUAAACGCUACUCCAACUCCAAUAAGUUCCCUGCCUCUGUUAAAUUUUGGAUGAAUGGAAGAGGAGAUAACAGCGAUGCUACCCCAGUAUCUCUCCACCCACUUCUCCCAUCCUCUAAGAGGCGAAAAAGUGGAGGGAUUGACAGAGAAGAUAACAGCAGAGUUGGGGAGAGGCGUCCCUUGUUGAUGCAUUAUGAAAAAGAAAAAACCCAAACAAGAGAAGGACUGUCUUUCCAUGACUGGGACUCAGAUGAAGAUGAUGAGGAUGACGAUGAUGAUGAGGAAGAGGAAGACAGGGAAAGAGUGAGGGAACGGGGAGAGGACAGAGGAAGGAGGGUUGGUAGAGGGGCUGUCUCUGAGUCUGAGAGAGACAGGGGAAGGGUUGACAGCUACUCAGAUGAGGGUUCCUCAGGGGAAUUUGGUCGUUUUGAAAGAUAUUGGGAAGAAAGUGCAGGAGGCGCUGGCACUGGAAUCGGAGGCAUAGGCGGAGGAGGCUGGUUUUUUGGCACCUAUCCCUCUAGAGAGAAAGGGGGUAGCAUCAAUAGUAGAGAUGAUUCCUUACUGGGAACUCCGGCAGAGGGUUGGAUUGGUACAGAUUUCUGGGGAUCUGGACCAGGUAUUGGAUGGACAUCUGGUGGAGGAAGUGGAGGGCUGGGCUCACAAUGGCCACCAGCCCCGACUGCUUUCCCUCCACCAAGAAGAUAUUGGUCAAUGGACAAAAUUCCUGCAAAGGGAGAAAAAAAGUGGAAGAGUGGAGGUGGAAAGAGAAGAAGACGAAGCAGGGAAAGACUGGAUCAGGCAGGACGGGCAACUCUGUGUUCCUGUAGUCUUUACCCCCAACCGCAUCCUUAUCCACAUCCCCAUGGACAGUCACACACCUCUAACUCCAAGAGAAGACCCUCAACACUUUCCCAUAGCCAAGAAGAGCUUCUUCCCCACUGCCACAGCUUCAGUGGGGGUUCUCGUCCGAAACCUUUGCCUCCCAAGCCAGAUUCCAGUCAAGCCAAAUCAGGCAGCCAGUCUAACCUCAGCCUCAACACACAGCCUACAGACCAUAUGCCACAGCCCUUGCCGUCACCACCACAACAGCCAUCCCUGUCACCCACCUCACUCCCCAUGCCCAUUGCACCUCCACCCUCCUCAGCCUCUGUGUCACCACCAGCAGGGGUAGGGAUGGCAGGUCAGGCUCAGGCAUCAGCCAGUGCCAAACUCCAAUACCAGAGACUGCGCUCUGUGCCUCAGCCACAGAGAUUUUACUCUCCCCAUCUACCACUCAAAGCCAAGAGCCUGUGCUCACGUCGAGGAUCAGCCCACUUUUCUAGUCUGGAGAGCGAGGUAUGACAGGGGGAGACGAGAGAGGGAGACGUGGGAAC